UGCGGCGAGCGAAGGGGAGGGCUGGGCGGCGCCCUCUCGCGCAAGGGGAACGCCUGAUGCCAGGAUGGGAUUUCCUGGGGACGGCCUUCGACGGGGCACAGCGCCUUUUGCGCCCGCAGUCUGGGGUUUCCCGGGAGUCUGGUGAGCGAUUGCGAGCCUUCCUGGGCGGGGGGGGGGGGCUGGUUUCUCGGGGGUGGGAAGUGGGGAGGAUCGGGUUGCUUUUCAGGGUUGGGUGGGGGGAGUUGCGACGGAGAAACAAUAGGAAGGGGGCAGGAAUCGCGCUCUGCAGUCGCCUGGAGCGCUGCAAAAAAGGGGGGAUGGGGGAGGUUGUUGCUUGAUCCUCCCCCCUCCGUGGUCUUCUCAGCCUGCACUGCGAUCUCUUUGGGGGCCAUUGCACGGAAACGCGCCCCAGGACUUUGUUUUCCUUUCCCACGCACCCCCUCCUUUUCCAACCCCCCCCCCCAUCUCAGUAAUCCAUGCAUGCAGCGCUGUGGGGCUGGAAAGAGGGGCGGGCAGGGGUUUCGUGCCACCCCCCUUCUCAAACUGGGGUAGCAGCUGCUUUAGGAAGGCGAGAAGAGUCGUUGCACUGCGUUUCUAGGGACCGAUCCUCCUCCUGCGGGUGGCUUUCCUUGAUCCCGUCUCCGGCGAUCUGUGGCUUCCCUUCUCCCUCUAUAGGGGGUGGGCGUGCAUUGUAAGUAUCGGUUUCAUAUUUUGCUCACCCAUCGAGCUGGUUUGUUUGCUUUCCCCCCACCAUCUGGUCUGCUUUUUCCUUUCACAGUGACUCAUUCUCUUUGAACUGCCGUAGCUGGCGGAAGCCGCAAUUUUACAUGGCGGGGUCAACCAGCAGUAGGGAAGUUUUGCAGCUGGCUGCCUUGUGGCUUGCGACCAGGGCAAGUGAUUCAGAGGACACGCUUGCCCUAAGCGGGGUGCAGAACAAAACAAAUGGCUAGCCACGGACAUGCGAAUAGGCCUUCUGCAUUCGUUCCAUAUUUAACUCGCUGUUACGACCUCCUGCCCUAUCAGCCUAGUUUAUCUCAGAGGGUUCUAUAUUUUUAUUUUAUUUACUCUAGCUUUCUGAUCGUUUUGGUUGCCUUUUUCCACACCUUUUCCAGCUUUACAUGCACGUUGCCAACCACCCUGUGCUAGCCUAGCUUUAUUUACUGCGACUAAUACCUAUGCAAUUAUCUUAAUGACUGGUGUUAUGUUUACUGUAACUGUAGAAAGUUCCACAGGCUAUACUAUAUGUUCUGAGGAACUACACAUUCAUGAUUGAUUGAGUGUGUAGCAAUAAUUGUUUUCCCCUACAUUGAAACAUAUUUAGAACAGAGAGUGGACAUGAAAUCUUGAUUCUGCAUCUCUCACUAGCAGGUUUUCAGCUCAGCAAAGUGUGUUUUGGUCUUCUGGAUGGCCCAGGUUGAUGGAAAUUAUGUUCCAGAACUUCAGAGGUCUGAGGAUGGGGAGAUCCCAAGGGGAACAAUCUUUUCAGGUGAGAAAUUGGGCACAAUCACACUGUAUUAUUUAUUGAUGAAAAAUUAUAAAGCUCAUUUCCCCACUAAUUCACUUCAGAUUGACAGAUUCACUACAUUUCUCUUAAAAUAAGUUAAUAGAAUCAUUGCCACAAGGGAAUAUUCACUUAUUCAGAUUUUUGGAACACACUUUGUAUUGUAGUCCUAUUACAGAAAUGUUAGUCUACUAUACACCUCAGGCACACACAAUCAUUCUUUUUGUGUUGUUGUUGUUGUUGUUACUAAUUCUCAUUUUUUAUUAUUAGAUUUUACACUUGUCCUUCACCCAUAUAUAUAUCUAUAUAUCUAUAUAUAUCCCUGGUGUCAAAGGCCAAAGUAAAUAAGUGCAUGUUCAGCAUAUGACUGUAUAUCCUGUACCCAAAAGUGAAUCCCUCCUUUCAUUUGGCUGAAUAAAUACUUGCACAGGUAUGUGUGUCUGUACUUUGUGCUCCAAACCACCUCCCAAAACAUACUCUGUGACCGGGAUGCUUAUACUCUGAAAUCAAUGAAUUAUGCAAACUAUGCAUAAAUACUAAGUUUUACAUAAUUUCUUCUGUUUCUGGGGUGGAAGCUUUGCAAAAAGUUGGAAUUUUAGAUUGAGAAGUGAAGAAACACUGGGGGGAAAUUAAAUGAGGAAAUGGAGAUUCUUCUUAGCUCCUUUUCAAAACUAUGAGCAGUAGAAACUUAGUUUUUGCUGGUUGUUGCCAAAUUCAGUGCUAGACAGCAAAUGCAAAGGUUUCAGCUGAAGCCCAUAACUUGUUUUUAGUAUCAGUCUUCAGCCCUGGAACAUGUGUGGUAUUAUUAGACGACCUUUGAGUAUAUGUAUGUUCAUGUUCCAUUGAAUAUUAUGUUUACUUACAUGUUAUUCUUACCCUUAUCCUCACUACAGUGAGGCAGGUUAAGCUGAGAGAGAGCAAUUUGAUCAGCCACCCAGUGAGCUUUGCAGCUGAGUGUAAAUUUGACCCUCGAUCUCCCCGGUCAUAGUCCAUCCCUAAUAAUUACGUAACAGUUGUAUACAACUGGGAAUAGGGAUAUCAGGAGUGGUUUCUGUGGUAGCAGCCCCAGCAUCUCCCCUUACCACCCACCCACCUACAGUUCUUAAACAGGGCAUCAAUCUAACGCUCAAUUUCCUGGUUUCUGCUGAUUGGCUGUUUGUCACAUGACAGAACCCUGAGCAGAGAGAACAACUGGUCUGACGUAGCCUGGGAAUUCCUAAUCUCUGGUGGCAACUUGUCCUCAAUACGGGCAGGGAGCCAAGCUUUUUAAAGUACAUAUGGGGCUGAGAUGCUUACAAUAUUCUCCACACAGGUGACGGAAUGGUGAACGAGGAAGUGGCAUUUCUUCCUAAUGCGGCAGCUGCGGAAAAUGCCCCCCGAACCCUUCAGAACAUCUGUCGGGUAAACCCCCCGCCGCUCCGGCGUCGCCGCAGGAGAUCGAACGCGCCGGCCAUGGGGGGUUACAUCAAUGUGCUGGGCAUCUUAGAGGCCCCGCCAAGCUCCCCCCGGCGUGCGCCCGAGAAGCCGUUCCACUGCACCGAUUGUGGGAAGAGCUUCUCUCAGAGCUCCAACCUGAUUGAGCACCAGAGGAUCCACACGGGGGAGCGCCCCUUCACGUGCAGCGAGUGCGAGAAGAGCUUCAGCCGCAGCAGCACCCUGGUGGAGCACCAGCGCACCCACACAGGCGAGAAGCCUUACACGUGCCUGGAGUGCGGGCGGGGCUUCAGCCGCAGCUCCACCCUGGUGGAGCACCAGCGCACCCACACCGGCGAGACGCCCUUCCCCUGCCGGGAGUGCGGGAAGGCCUUCAGCCGCACCUCCAACCUCAUGAAGCACCUGCGCACCCACUCGGGCGAGAAGCCCUACACCUGCGCCCUGUGCGGCAAGUGCUUCUCCCUCAGCUCCAACCUGCUGAAGCACGAGCGCACCCACUCCGGGGAGAAGCCCUUCCCCUGCCUGCUCUGCGGGAAGCGCUUCAAGAAGAAGACCCACCUGGUGUCCCACCACCGGGUGCACACCGGCGAGCGGCCCUACCGCUGCGAGGAGUGCGGCAAGUGCUUCUCCCAGAGCUCCAUCCUGAUCGAGCACCAGCGCAUCCACACUGGCGAGAAGCCCUACAAGUGCGCGGACUGCGGGAAGGGCUUCUGCGUCAGCUCCAACCUCAUCAAGCACCAGAGGAUCCACACGGGCGAGAAGCCCUACACCUGCUCGGUCUGCGGCAAGGCCUUCCGCUACAAGCCGCAGUUCACCCGUCACCAGAAACAGGUGCACCCUGUGGAGGAGGAGCCGGUGGCCGCUCUCGCCUUGCACCCCUGGGCGGAGACGCCCCCUCUGCUGCAAAAUAUCUGAGAAAGCAGAGAGCAGGGCUGCCCUACGGUUUCUUUAUGAUAGUAGCCCCUUUCACUCGCUUCCUGUCUCUCCCUCUAGGCCCCUGUAGAGCUGUAUCCCAGGCCUCUUUGACUAGCUUUAGCUCCUUGGAACAAAAGAGCUUCUGAUCGGACCCUCUACUUCAUUCCUGCAUUGCAAGGGGUUGGACUGGAUGAUGAGGUCCCUCCCAGCUCUAUACUUCUAUGAUUCGACUCUGCACCCAUCAGAUCUCUUCUCCUUGCUUCCCUGAUCGUGACUGGCAGAGCUCAUCAAGGCCAUUUAUGUGCUUCGCCAUAGGUUGGGCAAAGGCUGAGCAUUCAAAUUAAGAGUCUGAGCACGCAGUGGUUGGCGCUCCAGUGCUUUCUCCCAAGUCCGGUGUUCACUGUCAUGGUUCUCCUGCCCAGCAUACAUAGCCAUGCUGCAGGUGUGUGAACAGUUGCACACCUCUGGAGAGUAGUACUUGCCUCCAGGUCACUAGGCAAAAAAAGCAUUAAUCAUAUGGAAGAGAGCUGGUUCUUUUUCUCCUGGAACUGACAGCAGAAAGUGGUCUGGCAAGCUAAUAAUCUCUGUGUGCUAACCUGCCAAUCUGUCCUACUAGUUGCCUAACCCCUGCUUCUAUGCUCUUCUCUGUCACUCACUUCAUCCCUCUGCCUCCUUACUCUUUAUUACUCCUGCAGAGUAUGCAGAAGUCUGUUUCACAGCCUGGCCCUGCUUCUCGAGACUUCUAGCUCGGCUUGCUGCAAAAGUGAAACUGGCAAAGGGCUUCUAUACGCUUUGCCUUCAAGCCAAUCAGUUUCAGCUCCCUGUGACAGGACAAAGGAGUGCUCCUCCUUUGUGUGCUGAAGCGCACAUCAUCCCGCCUUUGGAGCGAGGGGGGGAGAUCUUUGGACCUCCAGGGCUGUUGCUGAACUACAACUCCCAUCAGCCCCAGCAAACAUGGCCAACAGCCAGAGGUGCUGGGAGGGCCAAAGCUUCCACACACCUGCAUGAGAGCAAGGGUGUGGAACCUGCUCCCCCCCCCCAGUGUUGCUGGGCCACAGCUUCCAUCAUCCCCAGUCGUUGGUCAUGCUGGCUGAGGCUGUUGGAGUUCAACAUCUGGAAGGCUGCAAGGUCCUCAACGCUUCUUUAGAGGGAGCAGGGACAUUUGAGUUGGGAUUUCUUCAGACUUUCCUGGAGAGGCUCCAAGAUGAAUGUGACCUCCCUUUUGCUUUCUCUACGGUUCCCCCUCUGCAGCUUGCACUAGCGUCAAGUGUGGGCACUGUGGGGAGUCGGGUCAUUCCCCAUCCAUGAUGCCAAGGACACUACCGGCAACAAUGUGCACACAGCCACAUUUCAGAUAGCACUUCAGAUAACACUUCAGGUGGCCCCAUGAGCUGGGUAUGGAAUUGCAUGUUCCCAGUGACAAGCAGAUUUUUUUUUGGGGGGGGGGAAUGCAAUGUCCCCCUAACAAAAAGCGCUUCCCCAAGGAGUGAGGAGUUUGGAGCCCUCACACCAAAGGAGAAACUCAACACACAUUUGUUGUGCUGGUGAGCAUCCAGACUAUCCGGACAGUCCCCUAAGCUUGACUUAAGCUUCUCUCCUUGUCAGCAGCAAGGACAUUUUAUUAAGAGCAUUAAAAAAAGGAUGUAUUGCUACCUAAGGUCGUCAAGCAAUUCUGAAAGAGUUGUAGUGUGAGUCUGUAGCAGCCCUGGUCUCCUUUGGGAGGAAGGGCAGUCUAUAAAGAAAAAAAGAGGGAAAGAGCAUAAAGUUCUCAAGUACACUCAUACCACAAUAAAUCAAUUGGUUUUUAAAGUGCAACAUGCAACAGGCUCUUUGGUUUUAUUUUUUGACUGCCUUUGAGACGGUGUUUUUAUUCCAUGUAUCAACUGCCCUUGAGAAAAUCAAUUGUGAAGAAAUUGUGUAUACCUAAACCCCCUUCAUUGUAAGUUACCAAAAUAAAUGUUUUUCACCCAGUUGCUCAUCUUGACCAUCCUUUUGUCUAACUGUUUUGUGUAGGUGGAAGAGAGGAACAUCCAAAACAUGUGGAGAAUCAUACAAUUAUACAAAGCUGUCAUGUGUUCUCCCUUGUAAGACCUACAGUCACUGAGGACUCUUCCAUGAAGCAGCGCCAUUAUUUAUAUACACCACUUGAUCCAAAAUAGUUUUCUAAGUGGUAUGGAAGUAUAUUUAUUUAAGGCAUUUAUAUAACGCUUAAUUUGCAUUUCUAAGCAGCACACAUAAAAAUAAAUCACACAUGGUAAAACAAUUAAAAGUCAUCAUAA